AACAUAUCAACAACAACACUACCAUUCACCAGUGUCAUAAUAACAAUAAAUUAUUAACAAAAUUUCGGUAUCAGCCUUACACUGUUGUUACUAACACUAAUAAUAGCGUUAGAAACAAUCUUACUCGCAAAUCUAUUAUUACUUGUGUUAGUAACAACAGGGAAGGAAAAAGACCCAUUUUCAGCUCCAAGAGAGAAAUCGAAUCAAUGGCAACAACAACAGAGAUUCGAUUAACUGAAGAAGAAAAUAAAUUAAUAGAUUUAUUGAAGGAAGUAACUGAAUAUAUGAAAAAAGAAUGUCCGGAACUUCCUCAUGUGCAACUUAGAAUAGCUGGUGGUUGGGUUCGAGACAAACUUCUAGGAUAUGAAUGUGCAGAUUUGGAUGUGGCGAUUGAUAAAAUGAUGGGAGUAAAAUUUGCAGAACAAGUGAUAAAUUAUUUGGUGAAAUUUAGGGACUAUGAUGAAAAAUUUACACGUUUACACAAAAUUGAUGUUAAUCCUCAGAAAUCAAAGCAUUUGGAAACUGCCACAACAAAAAUCUUUAAUUAUAUGGUCGAUUUUGUAAAUCUACGAAAAGAAUCUUAUGGUGAAUUAACAAGAACUCCAACUAGUAUUUCACUUGGAACACCCGAGGAAGAUGCAUUUCGUAGAGAUAUAACAAUAAAUGCAUUAUUUUACAACAUUCACACCAAAGAAAUUGAAGAUUUCACGAAACAAGUAAAUACUCAUUUAAGCAAUAAAGUGAUUCGCACACCACUAGCUCCUUCUGAAACUUUUUCAGAUGAUCCACUACGUAUUUUACGGUGUAUAAGAUUUGCUAGUAGGUUUGGCUUUAAAAAUGCAUUGAAAACAAAAGUUUCACAUGAAAGAAUUGGCAUAGAACUUGAUAAAAUGAUUAAAGGUCCAGAUCCAACAUAUUCAAUUCAAUUGAUAAAUCAAAUGAAUUUGUACAACACAAUAUUUUAUUCACCACCUGGAAUAUCAUCUGGAACCAAAAAAAACCCAGAUAUUUGUAUUCAACUUUAUAUCAGAUCAUUGUAUUUAGCAGCAUAUUUAUUCCCAUUUAAAGAUUUAAUGUACAAAGAAAAAUUAAAAGAAAAGCCCGUGAUUUAUUAUUUGAUUCAUGAAUGCUUAAAGCAAAGAAAUUUGGAUGCAAAAGAAACCGAAAGAAUUUUUUUAGCAAUAGAUCCUAUAACUGAUGCACUACGAAAAAAUUUCAAUACUCCAUUAACCAGAUCUUCACUCGGUAUGUUGAUUUGUGAUUAUGCUAAUUCAGAAUGGAGGAAAAUCUUGGUUUUUGUAUUCGCUAUUGAAUUAUUAUCAAAAUUUAAGGAAUUGGAAAUGGGUGAAGGACCUGAUAUAAAAAAAGUAUUAAGAUCAGUUAUGGAAUGGCAAUUAGAGAAUCCAGAAGGUACACCAGAAGAAUGUAAACAGUUUAUUUUACAAUGA